GCACAUACACGGAGGAGAUCAGCUGGUCUGGCACUCAGAGACGUAGCCAGCUGUGAAAAGGAAGACAAGUUCAUAGCGAGUGCUUCUCAGAGGCCAGAGCAGAGGAUCCGGGGGAUGCUGGUGAAGAUGAAGCGGACUCUUUAUCGAACCUCCUGCUUGGUGACACUGCUGGUGGAGCUCAGCUGGAUCAAUGGGGGCCUCGGCCUGCAAAGACAGGUUGGAAGUAGGGUAAUGAAGCAGUGGGAGAGGAAGGUACGCUCAGCCUCCAGCCUUGACGAGCUGCUCAGACUUGCAGACUUCCCCGACUGGAAGUUGUGGAAGUGCAGCAUGAGACUGCAGCAGUCGGACUCUCUUUUUUCGCCACCUUCGGCCGGCUCCCACCGCUCGACACGUUACGCUGCAGAAUCAUACAGCUUGGAGAUACUCAAAGCCAUAGAUGAGGAGUGGCAGCGGACACAAUGCAUGCCAAGAGAGACUUGUGUGGAUGUGGCCAAAGAACUGGGUACUGACCCAUCCAUGUUCUUCAAGCCACCUUGUGUGUCCGUCCACAGGUGUGGUGGCUGCUGCAAUCAAGAAGGUGUCACAUGCAGAAACACAAGUACAGUGCUGGUCAACAAAACGGUCCUUAGCGUGAUUCCAUUCAAGUUUGUACCAGAGCCUGUGCUGAUAAAAGUUGUGAAUCAUACAGAAUGCAAAUGCAUGGAGCCCGCCAUUGUACGACGUAAUGCUCAGCCUCACAGGGGCAGUGGUUGUUCUCUGAUUGGACAGCUUUCAGAGGCCGAGAAUUCCAGGAAACUUUGCGUCAGCGGUUGGAUUUGGGAUUGUACAAGUGACAGAUGCAUACCGUACCCUUCUAAUACUAGCCCAGAUUUUCCAAUGACUUCAUGGAUGCCCAACUGUGAGAUCGACGUGGAUCAUUGUGACUGUAUUCCACAAGCUGAUCCAACUCCCCAACUAAGAAUGGUCCUACGGUGUCACCUCAACAGCUCCAUCUGUUCUCACAGACGUCAAUAUUUUGACCCCUUCUCCUGCAGAUGCAAGUGGCCCAAAUAGCAGCAAGUAUGACAACCUGCAGACCAAUCCUUUUGGAGGCAGAGAAAUAGUGGCACAUAAUUUA